UCACGAUGCAAAAGGCAGCACGCGACUAUCGAGAGCAUUAUUUGAGAGCGAGAAUUUCCAUGAUUUUUACUGUAUGUACAUGGUUAGAAACCCACGGAUGGAACCAUUUAUGCAUUCUGUAGUAGGUAUGGUGCGGUGGCAUCACUCAGGCGACGCUGCUUUGCCACCCAUUCCUGCCCCACUUUACUUGUGUAGUACAGCACAGUGUUGUUUCAGCAGAAGAGCAUCAUCCCCAAAAAACGCGAGAAAAGUGCGCGGCCAGCCAUCAGCACUGUAGCAGUAGCGGAAGUAACAAUAAUAACAGCAACGGCAAACAAACCGUAGGGCAAAAAUGGGUGGAAGGAUCUGUACGUUAGUCCUUUUCGGGCGACGAAGGACACAUCAUCGUGGCAAGGUGCUCUAAGCUUGGUGUGGCAAGUGACCGUUUCGUGAUAAACUAGAAUCUUCUACAGUUCGCGAUUGUGUUAGCGCGGAUUUUAGGCUUGUUUGUUUGAAAGUAAGAAGUGGCCUAAUCAAGAAACUUACUUUACAAAUCAACAUAUUCAAACCAAUCCGUUAAAUCAACAAUCUUGAACGCAGUGUCAACACUUGCUCAGCAGCAACCGGACAGAAUUGAUUGAUCGAAUCGCGAACCCCGAGAUAGAUUCGACAAAUCCGUAUCUCGUUUUCUGUGUUUGUGGAGAGUUUUAUUUGUUCCACCGUUUGUCCAAACCGUUGGACUGAGUAGCAGCGUAGGAGUUUCCAAGACAGCGGAAAAAUUGAGACCAGCGAUAGCACACGGGUUAUAAACGUCUACCGGGAUUAUAUCGAGAGAGUUCACCGAGCUGGUCUCUGGUCAAGUUUAAAAGCUGUUCAUAUCAUUUGCAGUAUUAGAGAGGCUUAGAAUCACUAACCAUAUUUCAGUCAAUUUGUUGUUUCCUUAAGGAGAGUAUAUCAGCGGAAGAUAUUUUUUUGAAACACCAAUACCAAAAUAUUGCAUAUGGCAUCUGUUGGUGUAUUCUCUUUUCCAACUGCUAUCACCGGUGGGAAUAGUUCUGCAGGUGGUAGCAAUGGCACCGUAAGCAAUUCCGUGACUCCUGUUCCACCACCGUCAACUAUGGUGAAAUCGAUUACCGCUGCAGCUCCCAAUGCUCCUACAUCGUCUCCGCAAUCGGCUACUUCGGCCGUAGUUCCUGGCGAUGAAUCGCCAAAUGCGCCAAUUGGAACUAAUACCGUCGUAGCUCCGAUAACUUCAGCUAGUAUCGUUGUACCUGUGGCAACAACAGUGCCUCCUCCAUCGAUCAUCCCCAAUGGCAUCGCUAACACCAUGGUACCAGGCUCAACACCGCUCAUUUCUUUGUCGCCGCCACCAGCCGAUUGUGUGCCGUUGGUGAAACCCGUUGCCCUUCCAGUCAAUGGGCCUGUUGUCAGCAAUGCGCCACCUGUGGUGGUUGCUCCGAAAAACACGCUGUUCAAUGACGCAUUCAAUCUUGUUGAUGGAAGCACUCUGGAUGAACUUGAACCUGAUGUCGACAAUGCUGGUCAAGUGGGGGGAAUAGGUGGUGUGGUUGUACCAUCGAUGAAUGGCUUUCCAUUGGAAAAUGGAUCGUUGUCAGAAUGUAUGGAGCAGGACUGUGCGCUCUGCCAGAAUAAAUUUGUAUCGCCUCGUGUUUUGUCAUGUCUCCACGUUUUCUGUGAGUCCUGUUUAGAAAAAAUGUUGAAUGAGGAUGAGUCCAAGAAGCUGGAAGGAUUGAUUGAGUGCCCAACGUGCAAACAACCAACUAAAAUGGGAUCCAAGGGAAUCGGUGCCCUGCACCAGGAUUACAUUUUAACCAACGUACUCGACUUAUCCACGAUUGAGCCCUCGAUGUUGGCUUGCACUUCGUGCAAGAGCAAGGAAAUGGCCAUCUCACGUUGCAACGAUUGUGCCAACUUUCUGUGCGCUAGUUGUGACAAUGCUCAUCGUUAUAUGCGUUGUUUCGAAGAUCACAAAGUGGUGCAGUUGGAAGAGCUGCGCCAAUCUUCGGAAAAAGUGGCAAUUCAUAAACCAUUGUACUGUAGCGUUCAUCCGCCGGAAAAUUUGAAAUAUUUCUGUUUCAAUUGCCAAAUUCCAGUGUGCAACGAAUGUUUGAUCGGUGAGCACAAAGGGAAGGAGCAUAAUUAUCAAAUAAUCAGUGAGGCUGAAAAGCCCAUGAGAGCUGAGUUAGAAUCUCUGAUGAAUGAGGCCAAGACGAAAAUCGAAUUUUGCAAUCAAGCAACCAGCAAUCUGGAUGCCUCGUUGCAUGACUUGCAGAACCAAUUUGAAACGGCUCGUGACUUGAUCAACGAAUCAUUCCAGAGUUUCAAAGCUGUACUAGAGAAGUGCAGAGACAAUGCUCUGAAGAAUCUCGAAAAGCUUCAUUCGGAACGUGAAUUGAAGAUAAUGGAAAUGUUCCAUACAGUCGAGAAAACAACUGAACGUAUCGAAAAUGCUGGGAAGUUUACCAAAAAAGUAUUGGAUCAAGCUAAUGGCCCAGAGCUGCUCAGUUUGAAGAAAAUGAUCUCUAACCAAUUCACCAGCUUGAUGGGAUCUACUCCAAAGGUAGAUAUCAGUUUUGCGUUGGAAUUCCAGACCGGCUACGAAAAGUUUGAACAAGCUGCUCCUGAGUUGUUCGGAUCAUUCCGUACGGAAAUAACUCCAUCUAGCCCAAAAGAAACCACUCCGCCGCCAUCUCUGCCGGGAAUGAGUAUUAUGAUCAACAAACCACCAGUUAUUCCAAACGCUAGCUGUGGAUUGUCUCAAGGUCCAUUAACUGGAUCUGUGACUGCCAGUAGUCCUAUUUCGUUGCCAACGUCGAUGCAAUCUUCGUUCGAUGGUGAUAUUUCCAACAUUGGAAAUAGCUAUAUGUUGCCACAUGUUCUAACACCAGAACCACCAACAUCGACACCAAUUGCUAACAACAACCCAUUGGCCGCAACCCCUGCUCCUGUGGGAGGAUCCGCAACUCUUCCCGGUUUAAGCAGCAUUGCCGAGUAUAACCUACAUCGACUCGCUAACCUUGCUGAAACAUCUAACGAAAUACCGGAUGCCAUUGUUCCAGUCACUAAUAACCAACCGACUAACUUUACUCUGGCAGAUUUAAUUUCGGGAGACCAAAAUGCUUUCCAAGCGCUAGCCAAGUACGGCCUGAACAACCCGGAACUGGCAGGUCCAUCUGGCCCAAUUAUGCCACCACAUGCCAAUUUAGACAACUUAUCACUUCUAAACGAUUUCUCUGCAUUACCUGGUCCAUCUUCCGGCAACAUGCUCCCAACGACCCCAAUAUCGAUUGAUUCUUCGCUUAGCGGUGGUGAUAUGGCGGCAAUGAGCCGUUUCCAAGUAAAUGGUAGAACUAAAGCUACUCCUAUGCAGAUUCGAUGCAAGUUUGGUUCACUCGGUCAGACCAAGGGACAGUUUAAUUCACCGCACGGAUUCUGCCUUGGCGUUGAUGAGGAAAUUGUCGUUGCCGAUACCAACAACCAUCGCAUCGAAAUUUUUGAAAAGAAUGGCACGUUCAAGUUUUCCUUCGGUGUUCCCGGCAAAGAAGAGGGGCAAUUGUUCUACCCAAGAAAAGUAGCAGUAAUGCGUUCCAGUGCCAAAUUUGUGGUUUGUGAUCGUGGUAACGAGCGCUCUCGAAUGCAGAUUUUUAACAAAAACGGACAUUUUGUUAAAAAGAUCGCUAUUCGAUACAUCGAUAUCGUUGCUGGCUUAGCUGUGACAAACAAAGGGCUUAUUGUGGCUGUUGAUAGCGUUUCCCCAACUGUUUUUAUCAUUUGUGAAGAUGGGAAUUUGGUUCAUUGGUUCGAUUGCAGCGACUUCAUGCGCGAACCGUCCGAUAUAGCAAUCAAUGGCUCCGACUUUUACGUGUGUGACUUUAAGGGUCACUGUGUGGCAGUAUUUUCUGAAGAGGGUACGUUCAAGUAUCGUAUCGGCAGCGAAAAAGUUACCUGUUUCCCCAAUGGUAUCGAUAUUUCGGACGCAGGCGAUAUCCUGAUUGGUGACUCCCAUGGUAAUCGAUUCCAUGUCGCUUGCUACUCUAAAGAUGGUCACUUACAGUCAGAGUACGAGUGCCCGUACGUAAAGGUAUCGCGUUGCUGCGGUUUAAAGAUCACUUCAGAAGGAUAUGUCGUGACAUUGGCUAAAAAUAACCAUCACGUCCUCGUACUCAACACACUCUACAUUCAGUGAUUGACCGCCGGGGCUAGAAUAUUGAAACCGAAUCGCUAAGCACUGAGGUAAAGUAAGAGGUAAGUGCUGUUGCAUCCCAAUUGCGAUUCGAUUUUUCUCGUGCGAGAAUAACAAAACAGGAUAAUCGACCCAGAUACAUCGUGAGUACUAUACAACCCUUCACAACCAACCAUUGAUAAUGGUGUGUAGGGAUAAUUCAUUAUAAGAAAAAAUUACAAAGAAGAUAAGCUUUCCUACUCAACCUACAUAACUCAGAGUUAUGAUCGUGAAUUGUUCGUACGCUUUACAUUAUUUUUAAACUACAAGUCAUUUCGGGCACAUUACAUCAUCGGAAACCAAAUGCCACCUACAUCUCGGUUUAAGAAGUAAGCAAUCCACAAGCCACAGGCGUUCGUGGUUUUUAAAAAAUUUAAACUAAGCUUAGCUACCCGCGCUAGUGUGAGUGUGAAAUCACCUAACCACAUACAAAAUAUCUUUUAAGAGAAAACACAGAAAGAGCAAAAACGAAGGAUAUUAUGUUGUUUUACCAAUAUUAUUUUAAUUUUCCUUUUAUUCAUGAUAUUUACUAUUUUAUUAUUAAUAUUUACUAUUUUAAUCCAUAUUUAUUAUCGAAAACUGAAAAAAUGAAUGAUCUCCAAUUUUUUAUUUUACAUCUGCGAGAUAUAUUUUACUAUACGUGUGCACACACAUUACCUAAUGAAAAAAAAAAACAAACAGAAAACUAACUGCGUCACUAGUUUACUAGUACGGUGCAAAUAAAAGCCAGGGAGAAUAAGUUGUGUACGUGUGUUCAGUGAGAAAGCAGACAGUAGACGGUUUAGAUAAGAUUUGAAACGACGAGAUAGUGCUGACGAGGAGAAAAAAUCAAAUAAAACGAGUGAGUAGAUAACUAUUGUUCUCACUCGAAUAUUCAACCUAUGAAAGAGUAUUGGUGUUUGGUAGAUAAAAUUUCCUCUGUCAUUUGUUAGUUUCGUACAUCCAAGAUUUUAUCUAAGCAAAACGACAUAUUUUUAAGAAAUUAUGUACACACCUCAUUGACAAAUGCCAAUCAUCAACAAACUAUCAUUGUCGUUUGCAAAAAUGAUUUUUUUAGAGAAGAAAAUCACCGUAGUCUGUCUUCUGCUACAGUUUUCGAUUCGAACUUAAGGUCAAACAGGCAGAUAUAACUCGUGUUUUCCAUAUUUUGCCUAAGCUAGGCCGCAACUUAGUGUUUAGGCACACAUUAUAAUUAGGUUUUUGUAGGAAGAACUGAAACUGUUUUUAAUCUGUUGAUGUUAAAUUGUUACUUUUGUUUUAAUUUUAAUUAAAGAAAAAAAACCACACUGUCCAGUUUGUUCCGCCUUACUAGUUUGAUCCAGUAUUGUAUUGUUUGCCUCGGCUCCUUUAAAAUGAAUACCCGUAUAGUGAGAAACCGUUUUUACAAUAUAAGAGGUUUUAAUUUCCGUAUGUCAGCGCUUCCACUAACAUUUUUUUUACUUUUAUACGCGUAGUUCUUUCAUCGUGUCAUUUCGUAAGAAUAUUGGAACAAUCAAAUUGAAUAAUACAAAUAGCUUUUUUUCAAUAGUAUGUUUUGUUAAAUCUUCAGUUCCUUCUGAUUUUCUGAGUGAAUGUAAUUUCAUAAAAAAAUCCAUGAUUAAUUCUAAAAAAUAACAGCUACCUACAUAUUUGUUUAUUCGCGUUAGUUGCAUUUCAGUUAUAAACGAAAAAUAACAGAACUUAUUUAAACUACGCGAGAAAGUCUGGCACUAAUGAAUCUCCAACUAGAUCAGUUUUGAGUUCAACCAUCCAUUAAUGAUCAUUAUCGAAUGUCAAGGGACGUUUCGAAACAGCAAUAAAAGGAUGCCAUAUUUAUAUUACUUAUGCUUUUUUAAACAACAUAAAUUGAAAACACCUUGUCAUCAACAGUCUUCGGUUUGAUUAUAAAAGAACUUCAUUCUUCCUUAUUAGACAUAGAAUUGGCCAUGUUUAUAUAUAUUUUUUUUAGUUUUAAAUCUGGUAGGUUUAUAUCAUCAUCAUUUUUUAUGAUGACGUUCACAGAACAAGCUCAAUUUUUUAUUUAAAUAUAGUCACUUUUAUUUUGUUCUAGGUUUAAAUAAAUCGUAAUUAAACCCUAAAUAAAUAUAGAUCAAACAAAAUCCCUCGAAAGGAAAAAAAAAAUUUAGUUGCACGCUUAUAAAUCAUCAAAUGCAUUUAGAACCAUCUAUUAUUAAUCGUAUUAUAAUUUCAAUUGCUAUCAGUGCAAAACAAAACACAACAUCCGCAACUGAAAAGACAAAAUGAAUACACGCGCAUUGAACUGUGUAUCUCUGUAUCUUUGUGUGUGUGAGAAUAACGUAAAACAUACAAAGCUUAUAAUCAAGAUUGCAUAGUUGAAAAUGACCCAAAGUUAAUAUUGCGUAUUUAAAAUGAUAUUUUUGCCUUAUAUUUUACAUUUUUAUAUUAUUAGUAGGAAAACCUUAUAUAUUGUAAAUAAUGAAGCAAAUACAAACGAAAAAAAAACAAGAACGAAUGGUAGACUUUUUUAGAUACCUUCUUUUUAACUAUAUCAGAACAAUUCAACCGAAUACAAACAUAACUAUUGUUGGUCGAGCGAAUUUACCAAAAAGUACGAUAAAAUAUUUUUGUACAACAAAAAUAUAUAUAUAUACAUAUUAUGCUUAUACAUUUUGCGUCACACUGAACAACAAAAAAGAGAAAAGAUAAUGGCAAAAAAAGAUCAAUAAUCCCGACUGUAUCUCGUGAUUUGCAAUUUUUACAACAGCCAAGAUCGAAAACGGCAAACUGAGAAUAAAGUAUAAUAUACCUAAAAUGAAAACCAGAUUUCACGCAGUUCGAAGAAGUUUUUAGAAGUUAAAAGAAGAAUAUUUUUUUAGUUUAUUUCGUCGUAAUCAGCUAAAAGUUCCUUGUUAUUUCCAUCCCUUAUGAAAAGGUAAACGGUUUAAGUAUAGUUUUUUUUUCACAAUACAAACUUUUUAUGGCUUGGCCCAAAUCACUAAUUGGAGCCAUGAUCCUGAAAUUACCUUUUAGAAUUUGGGCCCAAAAGUUGGGUCCAGAGGCUGUAAGUCAUUUUUGAUUAGAUACAUAUCUACAAAAAAAUCUCUAGUAUGUCAAUUGUAUCAGUACUGUCAGGCCGUGAAAAGAUAGAAAAACUAAAUCACACUUGUUUCGGUUCAGUUUUUCUCAGCACAUAAUUACGUUAAUUAAUGCAAUAUGACCCGUAUACAUCCCCAACACAUUCACAUAUAUACAUACACAAUCACUAAAUAGUAGACUUACAGAAUCAACUUUCUAACUGAAAACAAACCAACUGUCUAGCAAAUACGCAGUGAACGAAAUAAAAAAAACGGAAGGCAAUUUCUGGAGUCAAAAUAUAUAUUUUUUUAAUAACAGGUAUUUAAUACUUUGAACUAGUUGUGUGCAUACAGUCACACUCCAUCACGAGGGUUUUCAAAGUUAUACAAAACAAAAACAAUACCUUUCCUGAUAAAUCAAUACAUAAUAACAGUGCCAUGUUUUAAACAUCCAUAUUGUAAUAUCAUAUAAUUAUUUUUUUAGUUCUAGGUAAUAUAUUUUUAAUUUAAACACUUUAAGCAAAAAGAAGAAGCAAGUGGGGGGAGAAUCACCUUUAUUGAUUUAACAAGGUGUAUAAAGAGUUCUUAAUGUUGUUCAACAUUUGCGAAAGUUUACAAGCGAAAAAGGAUCCCUCCUGUUGAAGACAGUUAACAGGAAUGCUGGGAUAAAUGGAUCCGAAACAUGAAAAACAGGCGAUUCGCAAUAGUAUUGUCGUUACUUUUUAUAUUGAGUUGAAGUUUUUUUUAUAUACACACAAACGCUACAUGUAUAUUGAAAAAAUACAACUUUUUUUUCAACAUCUCUUGAUAAGCAAUCAUGUUUGGCUGUAGUGUUCCUUAAAUGAUAUAGUCUCAUUAUUUACGAGUUUUUCGAAGAAAGCUAGGAAUAAGUUCCGAACAAUUAAAAAUAUAAACUAGUAUUUACAUUUAGAACUUGUGCGUGACUGUGUAUAGUGUAAAACGAUGGAGUGUGUGUAGUUUAUGUAGCAGGAUUUUUAAGAAAAAAAGUUUUACAAAAGUAGGUUUCACAGUUCAAUUCUUUGUUUACAAAGCUCUGGGUAGCGUUUUAAUUAUUCACAUUGAUUGAAAAAAGAAGUGAUUAAGCAAAAAUGUUGAAAUGUCAAAAAACUCCCUACAAUGUCGGACGUUUUCGAGAGUGUCGUGUCGGAAUGUUUAAAAAAUGUUUUAGUAAACUAUUACCAAAAAUUCAGCAGUUUUUCAUAAAUAAUAGAAAGGAUACUGUGUACUAUGAACUAUAAAAUGAUAAGCUGAACAAAGCGUUAAAUGAAAAACAUUAAACAUGCUUUAGCGGGUAGUAAACUAUCUUCUCGUUUGUUUCUUUGGAUUAUUCUCUAAGCAAACACUGUGCUUACGGAUAAUGUGUAAGCCAUUAUACAGAUGUCCGGAAUUUUCACCGUAUUUUUACUAUAUGGUACCUGUUUAUUUUUCCCAAAGUUGUAUUUCAGCAAAUACGUUCAAAUUUUCCUAUGGCAAAGUAACGAAAAUCGAAUUCAAUCAAAACUAGCUCGCUCACCUUUACACAGAAACUUAACGUUGAUAAGAUAUUCUACACCAAAUAUCCUAUAUUUAAUAAAAAUUCAGUAUAAUUCUUUAUUUUUAAAGGAUCCACUAUAACAAUGAAAAAGCACACAACAUUAUUCCGAAUUUUCGCUAUCACAACCAUAAAAAAUCAUGCCUUGAAUAUAAAGUCAAUAUUUCGGAGCAUCACUUUAGUUUUAUAUCCUUCUUCUUGAUCCAUUUAGCACUUUUGGUUAAAGGAUCAUGUUUUUAAAACUUCGCAAUUCAUUUGAAUUUGUUGGAAAACAUUCGACUAUUCCGUAUAUCUACAUAUUCUCUGCAGAUCCUCGUUGGCAGGAAUGGCUUAUUUUUUUAUCUUCAAACUUGAUCGGUUCCUGUCUUGAGAGGAUAUUUUUUAAUUCCUGAAGAAAUUGUUGGCAUUUACUUACUGAUAAAGUUCCAAAUGCAUGGGAGAGUACUAUAAUUCAGAUGACAGUAUCCAAAAGAUGUUUCAAAAAGUGUCAUCCAGUAAAAAUCCUCAUGUCUCUGGAAAUCCAAAACUUCAACGCGGAGAUUUGAUUAAAAAUUAGCUCGGGUUCUUACGAGAUUCUUAUCUAGGCAGCAUUUGAAGCCGAAACGAUGUCUCCCAGCUGAUGUUUAGGAUUUUCAAAGUCCUACAGAUUGUUGCACUUCAGCAGUUUAGUUAGUCGCAAUGAAUUUACCUAAUUUGUAUGCCAUCUUAAAAUUUGAACAAAAAAUGUAUUUUGUCAUCCUUGUCAACAAUUUCUUCAAAAUUGAAAGCAUUGAAAUUAUCGUUUUUUAAGUGAGAAAACUUUAAAGCGAUAAUACGAAAACAGAAUAUAUUCUGUUCUACUCUCAAAUUGCAGCUCAUGAUUUUUAACGCUCAUAACCUCCAAACUAAAAUAAAACUUAGCACCAAAAGGUAAUCCACGUUAAAUGUUUCGAUUACAGUAUCUACCGAAAAGUCAGAUUCUUAUGUUAUCAUCAAAAUCAUCAAUGUAGAACAGACAUGUACAAACUAAUAUUUAUAUGGAUAUAAAAUAAAAACCUAGACAAAAUAUUUAGAAUACCGACUCACGACCGUCGAACCAUUCGUCACAGCUGAAUAAGAAUAAAUAAACAGAAUUUUCAUGGACAAAACAAAGCAGGAUGAACAAUUAAUAGAAGAAACGUAAUUACAAACUACAAUAAAAUACCUUUUUCUCAUACGACGAAUUAAUUACAACUAUUCAACAAGACGACUAUUUACAUAUAAUUAAUUGCUCUUAUAAAACUAAUGAAGAUCAUUUUGCAGAAUAUAUAGUAUGUAGAAAGCGCGAGUGGUAUUUUUUCGCGGCUCCCAGAAUAGUAAGAAUGAAAAACGGUCAUUUACACUUGUACACACUGCGCAUAUAAAAAAAAGUAAAUAUAUUUACACCACGACAUACGGCAGAAAUAAAAAAUUCAAUAAAAACAGAAUCAUCGGUUUAGUAACAUCUCAAGUCUGGAUACUCAAGACUCACAAAAAUUACUUUCGUUACGUUGUUGUUAUUUAUUUUAGAGCCCUCCAAUGGCCAGUAAGAACGAAAGUUGCAAUUUACUUUUACUGAGUUUCGUAUUAUAAAGUUUUAAACAAUUUCGAUUACAAAUUCCCAAUAAACCAUUACUACCAACAGAUGUCUCCAAAAUAUGAAUACGAAAAAAAUACAAUCCUUUUGAAAAACACACAAUGAAAUCGGCAGAUAAAGGGGUGAUAAAUAUUUCGAUUAUAUUGAAUGAAAUUCACAAGUUCCAAUAAACGAAAAUAAAACUCAAACAGGUUCUGUCUAUUGAUAGCGUUAUUGAUAUUUCUACCAGUUUAUUUGUCCAUUUAGAUGAGGAAAUUAAUCACUAUAUAUUCUAUCAAGAAUCAAACCCGUUCGGACAGGCAACCGAUGAUGAUUACUAUUUUAAAAUAGACGAAAGACCGAAAACUUACCUUAAGAAGCAAGAAAAAAACCAGCCAACCAAUAUAACUAUAUAUUUUAGCUUGACCAUAUAAGAAAAAAAAUCUGUAUGAAAAGAAAAACAAAACAAAAAACACUGUUCCCGCCUUAUUUUUUGUAUGAAUAACACAAGUGAUGAUAUAUUUACUACUUUUACAACUUUUGUCAACGAGUAACAUUUUACAGUGUUUUAAAUGCGUUUUAUUAGAGGUUUAACUUUUUUGUCGUAGUACUGGAGUGCCUAUUGCACAAUAAUUAGGAAUUGUUUUUUUUUUUUUGCUUUUUACUUUUUAAAUUAUACACUUAUUACUGAUAGUGAACGUGAAUAGGAUUUACAUUAACUGCGAGCGAAUAAAGUUUACAAUUUAUUUACUUUUACUUUGGUUUUCUUUGUUUUAUUUAUCUUCCUAAGCCAAUUACCCUUUUCGAUUUUAUGUUUUACCUAAUAAUAGUUAAGAAUUUUUAUUUCUCUGUUUCAAUGAAUUAUGUAUUACUUAUGACUUUCAUCUGUAAGCAACAAAAAAAUCAAUAAAUAGAACAAUUUGCACCGGAGGUAGCUUGCAGUCGAUCAGACGACAAUUUAUAGCCAAAUGAAGACAAGCACACAUGAAUGAAGGAAAAACAAAAUAUUAAACUAAAAAAAAAAAAAUAAACACACACACAUACUGUAUGUCUUCCCAAUCCCCUUGAUUAGAGUGUAGAAUAGGAAGCAGCGGCACUGUAGCUACAAACGCAAUGCGAUAGCUUCUGUCCAAUCAUCAUCCACGGUAGUAGCGUAACAAGCUCGGAACACCUAAAACGUGGCCUCAGUAUAGCAUUUGUGUUCUCUUAUUCUUUGGGAUAUUGAUCAACAUGUACACGAUGUUCCGGAAUUUAUGAAUUUUUGGGCAAAACUGUUCACUUGUUUGCUAUACUUCGACAUCCACACUGAGUCAUAAAUAGUUACCAAAUGAAAUUUACAAUUGGAAUAUCAGAAAAUAGAUCAUUCUUUUUUAUAAGAACGACUUUUUCGUUUGAUGGUUAGGAAUAGAAUAACAAAAUUUAUCCUCAACAAAUAUGUCAUCGGUUAUCACCGCUUACUACAACACACCUCCUUAAGCGAUGGCACCUAUAAAAGCUUUUCGGCUCUUCUCUUGCUCGAUUCGAGGUACCUAACUGCUUCGUAAGACCAUCUGCCACUUGAUCGUCGCAUGCCACAUGUUCGAUCUGCACAACUCGCCUAUCCAGAAGAUCUUGGAUAAAGUGGUGACGCAAAUCGAUGUGCUUGGUACGGGAGCACCAUUCCGAGCAAAGGCAAUCAUGCUCUGAUUGUCACAUCGAAUAACCAGGGGACCACUUUCUUCGAAUUGACCAGUAAGACCUUUCCACCAGGUUGCUUCCUGUACCGCUCCAGAUAACGCCAUGUACUCAGCUUCAAGUGCUACCGUCGUUUGGCGUUUACAGCUCCAUGAUAUAGGCCCACCUUGCAUAGUGAAUAUAUAUAUCCACUCGUCGAUUUCCUGUCCUCUUCUUGAUCAGACAAUCUGCAUCGCUCUAACCAGUAACCUCGGUAACGUCAUUUUUGAUGUUCCUCGAUUAUAACGGAAAAGAUGCUUGACUGCGUCCCAGUGUUGAAUUUCAGGUUUGGAAUUUAAUCUGCUCAGUUGAUUGACCGCGAAUAAGAUAUCCGGUCGUGUACAUUGGGCCAAGUACAUUAAACUACCUACAGAAUCCUGAUACGGUGUUUCGAUCAUCUUCUAUGAAUCAUCGUCGGUCUUAGGUGCCAUCGUUUUGGUCAGUCUUUCUCGAAUGGGAACCUUCACCGUAUUGCAACUCGCCAUAUUGUAUCGUUUCAGCAUCGCUUCUACGUAGCUUUCUUGGUCCAACGUUAUCGUAACUGUGAUAUACUGGAUCCGGAUUCUAAGACAGUAAUUGGCUGCACCCAACUCUUUUAUGUGGUAGUUAUCGUUCAGGAAAUACUUAAUCUUGUUCAACCACUCAACAUCAUUCGAGGACAGCAUCACGUCUUCUACAUGGACCGCCCCAAACAAAAUGUUUCCAUCUUGAAUUCGGUAGUAAACACAGGAAUCCAAUUUGGCUUGGAACAUUCCGAACUUCUUGAGCAUCAUGUCCAAUUCGCGGUUCCAGACCCGACUUUACUGCUUCAGCCCGUACAGUCUGGUUCACGAAGAGAGGCGGUUACUGCAUAUAAAUUUCUUCAUCGAGCUCUUCUAGCAAAAAUGAUGUUUGCUGAAUCUGUAAUCCGUGGCUGACCGCCAUCGCAAGCAGAUAUCGCAGCGAACUGUGACGAACCACGGGUGAAUACGUUUCGUUGUAGUCCACCUCCUUUCGCUGCGAACAACUCUUGAUCACCAGUCUAGCUUUGUACCGGUCCACAUUGCCAUCGGGGUCCAGCUUCUUUUUGAAUACUUAUUUACAUGGAAUUGCCUUUCGAUUCUUCGGAAGUUCCUCCAUGGUUCAAAUUCCGUUGCUAACUAGAGCACCGUACUCCUCCUGCAUAACUGUUUCCCAAAGAUCGGCAUCGUCACGAGCUAGAGCCUCUUGGUGAGUAAAAGGGUAAUCGAAAACGGUAACAGUUGAAUCGCCACGCUCGCUUAAUAUCUCGCUAACGUGGAGUGAGUUGAGUGGUACCUCUUGUAUUUCCGCCCUUUCCGAUGGAUCGGGUUGUGUUCGCAAGUUUUGUAGGGUAGGAGAACACGUCAAGCCUUUGCAAGGUACUAAAAAUCGUUAUACUUGCCUGGAAUUCUGUGCUCCCGACCACUGCGCUGUCUGUGACCUAGACGGAUAUGAAACUUGUCGCGGUGGAAGCACGGUCACUUCGGUUACGGUAUCAGUGGAUGAAGUACUAACAUCACUCAUCGCAGAAUAAAAAUUUUCGACUUCGCUCUCGGAAUGAACCACAUUAGGUGCCGAAGGAUCUUCCAAAGAAGAUACAGAUGGCUCAGGUGGCGGUUCUUGAGUUCCCGACAAAACACUUUUCUUCUAGCUCCAGGCGAAUUAUCGUGCGUCCUGUGUACUUCACCUUCGGGUUCGUGCUACCUUCAUCCAGGAAAAUCACAUCUGGGCUGCAAAAAAACUUUCUGCUCUUUGGAUCGUACAGACGGUACCCUUUGGUUUCUUGAUCAAAACCAAUGAGAAUGGAUUUUCGAGACUUGGGAUCCUACUUCUGCCUUUUGGGUUUCGGAAUCUGCGCCAUCUCCUGGGUACUAAAAAUUCGAACAUGAGAUAGAUUCGGCUUUCGACCAGACCAGCAUUCCUCCGAAGUUAGUUUCUGAGUGGUUCAUGAGGUAAACCGCUAUCGACACUGCCUCGGCCAAGAAUGGCUUAUUCCUUCAAACAACAAACACGUGAUGCGUUCAACGAUGGUUCCGUUGUUUCUUUCGGCCAAUCCAAUUUGUUGCAGCGUGUAUUCGUUGGUAGUUUGAUGUGAAUGUCGAUAAUACGGUGCAGAACGCUUUAGCCUUCUUGUGGCUUCUGCCGAUAGAGCCAUAUUGGCCACAUUUUCUGCAUUUUGGUCUUCUUGAUGAUGAAUUUGUCAACUUCUGUUGCCUGCCGUGGUGUCCUUUUUUGCCUUUUGCCAGUAACGCUUCAUUCGCUGUUGAUACUUGGAUUUCCUGCAACAGUUUCGUUUUGAUGGCGUUUCCUGUGGUUGCAACGACGGAAUUCUCCAUUCGGUUGCUGUAUAAAACUCUUGUCCCGGAAGCAGUCUGAAGUCUGCCUUGGCGUAGGUUUAGUCGUCCAUUACCACACAAUCAAACUUUGUCAACAAUGUCGUAUUCAGCUUCCGAAAUCUUGCUUUUGUCGUAAGGUUUUCCUUAUCGUUUCGAUUUGGAGUCACUGCCUUCUUAUAAGUCCGGAUCGUCUUUUAGCUUCAUGCUUCAUAUUCCGAACUUAUUUGCGACAUCUCGAACGGAGAGGUUGGGGUUGCGCUUGAAAGCGCUAGCCACUCUUCUGUUCGUCACUGCGGCUUCCGGCUGGUGGAUUUGGCCACAUUCAACGAUUUAGUUAUUUCUGCGUGAGUGUAGUUUAGAUUUCCUCGACGCAUAUACAAAAAUUGGAUUAGUAGCUCCUCUUGUUUGGACGUCAUUUUGAUAACCAAAGAUCUAUCUAAUGUCAAAAUCCAAAUAGAAGCAUCAUUCUACACACACACACACACACGCACCUAAAAAAUGAGGGGUAUUUUUAUAUGAAUGAUUAGAAAUUACGGCGAAUUUAAGCGAACCACUUUCUGAUCCAAACACCCUUUAGUUACAGCUGAAAGUUUGUUUCAUGCCUUUCCGAAUGAAUAUUAGCAGUUCAUCUUGAUGUUUUAAUCUUAAUUGGUGUUGUUGGUGCUUAGUUUAGUCUGGUUGAACCCCGCUUAAAUGGUUAGAUUGUUCCGAUGUCGGGGGAUUGAGAUCAAGAGAGAAGAUCGCCAAAGAUCAGGCAAGUUGUGCAGCCAAUGAUUUAAAUUGUGUCCAAUUGGGCUUGUGCUCUUACACAGAUUUCCAUAAGAAUGACAGCUAAACGGAGUGAAAUUGGAGUGAAGGCUAUUACUUUCUCUGUUUAACACAUGAGAAAUCGUAUACCGGAAUUGCGAGCGCGCCUAUCGCCAAUUGUGCAGGGAAAUUAGUAAAUUUGAGUCGAAAAGAGAAAAACCAGUGCUCAGAGAGAGAGAGAGAGAGAGAGAGAGAGAGAGAGAGAGAGAGAGAGAGAGAGAGAGAGAAAUGGUGCGCAUUGUUGCAAAUUGUGCAGUAAUUGUGGAAUUUUGAUCAUUACCAUUUCAAAUACAAAGAAUUCUCUCUCUAUUGCUAACCCCCGUCCGAUAUGCGGAAGCGAAUUCAUUAUUGUAUACGUCUACAUGCAACUGAUAGUAAAUACCAGAUACUAUUUUUAACACAGCAAUUUUGACUGUCUUACUGAAAUUAUCACUAAUGCAUUACUUUUUAUUACUUAAAGUUAUAUGGUUCUUCCAACUGAAAAGUUCAUUGGGGCAGGGCAGUGUGAAAGUGUAGCAUUCGAAUAAAUAGCCGGAACAUCGGUACCCGGACGAUCGUCCCAAUUUCUGACACUCGAUUUAAGCUUUGAAAGAACUGAUUUUUCAAAAAACCAAAAACAACACAACACAAAUCCUUUUGAAAACAUGAUAUAAAACUUUAGAUAAGACAAUAUUACUAUGAUAAACCCAAAAAGAAGGAAGGAGAAAUAAAAUCAAGUAAAUAUACAUCUUAACACGUUUCGCUGCAUUAUACAACAUGAAGAAACAUCAAACGAAUAUUUAUAUGGUAAUUAAAUAUAAGUACGAAAACCAAAUGUUCGCCUAGUUCCCGCAUGUUGCAAAUCAGUGGAUUACGAGGAGAAAUAUAAAAACCCCUAGAAGGUGGUACCAUUGAAAUUUACUCAGUCACUAUUGUAAAUCAUACAAUUCAUAGUAGUUGGGUGCCGCUAUUGAAGUUUUUUUUUUCUUUUGAACAAGUAUAUAAAGCAUACCUUUUUUUAAUUAGAGAGACAUUGUCAAGGGAGAAAACUCAGAAAGAAAACCUUAAUAAAUAUCCAGUAUUGCAGCACAGAAAUUCGACUAAAUAUUAACAACCAAAUGACAUUGUUCUUCUUGUUACUAUUGACAAUGGAGCACAUUUAAGGAAAGAGUUCGAGGAAAAACGAUCAACAGAGCGCGAGGGAAGAGUCAAUCGGAAACAAUAGUUAUUUUAGACAAAUAGAAGCGCUUCUUCUUUCCUUCAAUAAAAAAAACAUGUUAAGAAACAUUAUUCGAAAAUUGAUUAGAUCUUUCCCAUUAAUGCAAAGAUACAGCAACAAAAAUAAUAAUUAGAGCUAGAAACAAGCUCGGAUAAAACACUGCAGCCACCAUCGUUGAAAACGAUCUCAACUCUCGAGAUGCUGUAAAUCUGUAGCUGAGCUGGAUUCGAUUUCAAUAAAAUAAAAUUCAACUACAAACGUUAAUCGAAAAAUGCAAUCUUCCUGUUUCUUAAAACAAGUGGGGUUGUACGAAAAUCGGCAUGUAGAGGUAACUUUUAUAGACGGCACUUUAUAUACAUUAUAGACGUAUACACACCAAGGAUAUGUACAUUUUACAAUUAACGAUUGAAGUGACACGUAUGACCCGCUUUACAACGUAAUUGUAUCUUGUUUUAUUACUCCAUUUUAUAGAACAAUCUUUCAAUUAUGUUUCAGAUAUUAUUAUGCCUUGUCUUUUAUAUACACAUAUUUAUUAUACACAGAAAAAGAACAAAAAAAAAAGAAAAAAAAGUAUUUUGAUGAAAAAAUAAUACAAAAAAAAUAAUUUUGUAGCAUGUUUUUAGGGCGAUAGAUUUUUCAAAUAAUAAAUAUCAAUUAUUAAAAAAACCAAAACAAACCAAGAAAUGGCAGUGUACAACAGAUCAGGUCUCCAGGAGUGGCGAUCGAAGUUGCUCUAUCGGUGUAUAAUUUGAAGAAUUGUCAUGGUGUAACAGAAAUUGAACAAUGAAAUGAAUUAUCACAAUUUUCGCACUAGAUGGCAAAUAUGGAUCAUCAUAUUUUAACGGAACUUAGCAAGGCAAAUGUACAACAAUUAUUACACGGAUGGAGGGGUUUUGGAUCCGUUCAUACCAUGAGAACGUGUGUAUGCUGUGUACAAGAACAGUUUGAAUUAAAGCUUUCGGAGCGUCUAGCUUCCCUAGCGGGCAUCAUUUUGUAGCUUAACAUUUUGGCUGAAAUUGUAAAAAUAUUCAAGUUUGUAUAGCAAUACAGGGUGACAAUACAGUUUCCGUAGUUUUUAAAAAUGCUUCAAAAUCGUAAACCUGCUUCAUAAUUUAUCAAAUCGAAAAACCUGAAUCUUGGCAACAACAUAAAAUGAAAAAAAAAGGAUUAGAUCUAAAAUCCCACGACGUCAGUUAGUUGCAAAUGCACAGGUUUAGAUCUUUUUAAUGGAAAAAACGAAAUUUUUUUUGAGAAUUUGUUUUCGCUGUUAAAUGCUUCUGCUGACCCUUCUUGAGUAACACACACUGCAAAUUUUUGCCUCGAUUUCCAGCAAAAAAAAUUGCUGGAAACGUUCAGCAAUCCAAAUUUUUGCUGGAAACCAGCAAUCGGUUUUCUAAUUGCUGGAUUUUUCAGCAAUCGGUUGUGUUCUUGUCAUUUUUGCUGAAAAAUCAGUAAUCGGUUUUCAAAUUGCUGGACUUUCCAGCAAUUGAUCUAGUUUGCUGGAAAAUCAGCAAUCGAGUUGUCACAUUAUGGAGUCUGUUUGUUUUUGUACGCUGAAGCAAGGUGAGACUUUAUUUUACGAAUUUUGGUUGGAUUAAUAUAAUUAUUUUCAUUUUCCUCUAUAUUCUAGCAACCAGACACAAGUCAAGGGUGAGUUUUUAUUGGACAGAUUUCAUAAAAGAUACUAAUCAGAACUCUUUUCUCAGGUAGCGAAUGAUCAACACUCUGGCACAAAGCUGCCACCCCAGAGCCGGUGUUGGAAAAUUUAAAAAAAAAAGUUCUUGAAAAUAAACAAAACAUAAUUUAAAAAUAGAAUAAACCAAUUCUUUUUCAUUGCUCUUAUAUGCACAGCCAGUAUUCAAUAUUUAAUUUAGAAUUGAAAUAUAAAUUUGGUACUAAAUACAGCCGGUUGUUUUGAAAGAAAUAGCUGGUUUCCAGCAAUCUGGAUUGCUGAUUUUCCAGCAAUUUGAAUUGCUGGAAACCAGCAUUAACGUUUGCUGUUUUUUCCAGCAAUUUAAAUUGCUGGAAAUUUUGCUGGAAAGUCAGCGGGACAAAAAACAGCAAAAUUUUGCUGGUUUCCAGCAAAAAAAAAUUUUCUGUGCAGAAUUUAGAAAUAUUCACAGAUCUCACAGAAUUUUAAAUUUCCAAGAGUAGACAAUCGAAUUCGAAAUUCGAUCAAAGCUGGAACUACCAAGAGUAUGGCUAUACCAAUCUUCAGUAACUUCAUCGAACAACAUUAUGCAGCACACGAACAGAUUUAUACAGAUGGAUCCAAAUUAGGAAAUCAGACUGGAGCUGGAAUUGAGAUAAAACGUAAUAAGUUCAGUGAUGCUCUUCCUGGAUGUUGCAGUGUGUUCUCUGCUGAGGCUUUUGCCUUGAAAAUGGCCAUCAACAAAUGCGACAAUGAUGCAACGGUUAUAUUCACCGACUCUGCCAGCUGUUUGGAUGCGUUAUAUAUUGGAAAAUCUUAACACUCAUGGAUUCAGAAUAUUGAGACAGUCCUUACUGAACGAAGCCUUACAUUUGCAUGGAUACCAGGACAUGCCGGCAUAGAAGGAAAUGAAGAGGCCGACCGACAAGCGAAUAUCGGACGAAUGGAUCCUCCGAGUAAUAUUGAAAUCCCAUCUCAAGAUGCUAUCAGUAUCAUUGUAACCACAAUUUGGAAUGUUUUGUACAAUAAAUGGUCUACCAACAGAUCGUUUUUGAGGCAAAUUAAGAACUUCCCAUCCAAAUCUGGAAGAAAUGUCAAAAGUCUGGAAGUCUGGAAACCUUAAAAAAAGUCUGACGAAAGUCCAAAAAAUCUGGAAGGUCGACUUCCCUGCUCGUGAUGAUUGUCAGUGAAACAGAGAAUUACAUAACGGCUUAAUGUUUAUGUAUAGGAUGAAAAAUGGAAUGUUACCAUAUUAUUCAACGGACGUCCUGCACAUAUACAACACUAAAAGAGCCCAAGAUAUUAGACUGGCGAAUUAAAAAAAAACAAGAUGAGGAAACGCUCUCUUUUCUACAACGGAUUUAAAAACAUUCAAUAACCUACCGACGAGCAUAAAAGAAAGUGUGAAUAAAACACUUUGGAAAAAAUGGCAAUACACUACAUAAAACAGAAAUAUGACCAAUCCUGACAAGGACCAUACGAUGAAAGUGAUGGAAUCUGACGAAAAAAUCGGAUCCCGACCCAUCAGAAUUCCCUCAAAAAUGGUUCAUAGAAGCUUAAUCAGCUUUCGUUACUGUCUGAGGAGAAUGCUAAUCAGCACCAAGUACAAGUUCUUAAACGAACUUGAAAGUUCAUUUCAGUGGCUGAAGAGAAUGCUAUUCAGCCCCUAGGGGAACAUCUGAAACCUUCUAUGCGCUGAAAAAAAAAAUCCGGUUGACAGAUUGCUCUGACAACCUGAUGACAGAUUUCUAGGUUGUCGGUCUAUUUAGGUUUAGUCCAUUGAUUUUUAUACUGAUUUAAAAACAAAGCUACUUUGGAAAUUGAACCACUCUCCAGGUCGCAAUAAAAUUAAUCAGCCUCUCGACCAAACCAGCAACAAUUUUUGAAAUUUUUUACCAGGAAUUUGGCAUCAGUUUUUAGAGCAGUAAUUAGAAGUAUUCAAACUUCACUGUGCAAUGUUUAAAGUCAUGAGUGAGCGUAUUUAUUGAAAAAUGAGAGUCUAUGGCAUUUUAUUUGUUUUUAAAGGUUCUAAAUGUAUAAUGACAAAAUGAAAUUUUAUAGAAAAAGCAUAGAAGUUUCUCAACAUUUAUACAAAAAGGAACACCCAGCACACUCGACUGGGCGCAAGCAAGGUUGCCGAAAUCACAGAAAAAUCUGUAUUAUCACAGAAUUUUUCAAAUUUUCACAGAAUUCACAGAUUUUCUAAAUUUUGUACAGAUUUCCAAAGUUAUAAUUUUUUAUGUCACUUUCGACUUUUUAUUGAUGGCUCUAAUUCAUGAAAAAAUUAAUUAAAGUUAUUGAAAAUUGAUUUUUUUAUUAAAUAACAGCCCGUUCGAUUUUGGCAACAUCCGGGCAAAAACCGUUCGAUUUUAGCAACAUCCAAAAAAGAUGGUUUUUUUGUCACUUUUUUAUCGAUUAUUUUCAUUUCAAAUUAAUCAAAAUUAAUGUAAAACGUAAAAUGAGCAUGAAAUUUUUCAAUUCGGCUUAAUUAUAAUAGUUUUAAACAGUAAAAACAUGAAUUUUUCCAUGUUUUACUGCUUAAAACUAAUAUAAUUGAGCCAAAUUGAAAAAUUUAAUGCUAAUAUAAGGUUUUACACCAAUUUUAACUAAUUUGAAAUGAAUUUAAAAAUAAAAGUGACAAAAAAAACCGUUCGAUCUUGGCAACAUAAAAUUUACAAGCGUGUUGCCAAAAACGAACAGCGUCUGUAUAUAAAUUUUCCAAUUUGUUGAUGUUUUACUCGAAUGAACUUCAUAAAAAUAGUGUCACAGAAAACCGUCAAAGAAUUUUAGGGUCAAAUCACAGAAUUCGAGAAUUUUUCUAGACAAAAACACAGAAUUUUUUUUCGGCAACCUUGGGUGCAAGUGAUAUCCAAAUAACUAGCCGAGAUCUGUAUUCACGGCGCGCUUCCUGAAAUAUUUACCGCAGUGGGUCAGGGCCUGUGGAUUGCUGAGGGCUCCAAAGUAAUUUUUUGUCCUCCUGGUGCUGAAAAUUUUGAAAGCACCACUUAUCUGCUAUGGCUAGCAAAAACUCCUAAUUUUAGGAUUGAAUUGAAUAUUCUAUCGAUGUAAAUAAUCCGAAAUUUUUUUCACAGCACUUGAAAUUCUCCUAAAAGUUCUAUAUGAAAAAGCUUAGCAGAUACAUUGCCUUUAUAAAAAUUUCGCAUAGAAGGUGCACUGAAGUUCCGUUUUUAAUGUUUAGCUCUUCAGAAGGCGAUGGCAGUUUCUGAGUAACUGUUACGUAACAUGGGUACCUGGAAAUCCCGUAAAACCUAUUUGCAGCCAAAUGUGACCUUCGGAAUCCCGCGUUUAUGUUAGUAUGCGACAUUUGGGAUGUUAAAUUAUACGAUGAUGGACAUACGCGGGAGUAGGAUGGAGUAAGUGGUACGGAAAAAGAAAAUUCAAAGUAAAAUAAAAAUGUCCCUCUCACUUCUAAAGAAGCGUAUGGAGUGCAGGAAGGACCCAAACGGGCCUAAGAAACCAUCACAAAAAAGAUGAGUUGUAGUUCUGAGCAGCGUCGAAGGCAUGUUCUACAUACUGAAAAACGUAUGGAAGUCUACAGAAGGUAGUCCAAGAUUCCAAAAAAUGUUACUAUUGUUUGGUUGAUUCGAUUUGAUUGUAUAUAAAAAACAAAGUUCUAGGUCGUUGAAGUAAUUAUAAAAAAAGUACGACAGCUUAUUGUCGCCCUGUAUACACGAAGAGUGAAAUUUUGCUAGGUAGAGAACGAUAGUGACUUUUGAAAUACGAGAAAGACUUUGCGGGCAACUGUAGGGAAUGUAGAAAAACAAAUCGCGUAUUUCAUACAAACUUGAAUAUUCCUGGUCGAAUUCUUAUGAGUCGUCAUUGGUUCAGCAGUAAUUUACCAGAUAACUUGCACAAAACCGUUGGAUGCUUCGAAAGUUCCGAUUCGAGCGGGUCUACAGUUGUAUAUCUCAACUAAAGCGGGCAACUUAAAUCUAGCGAUGUCACGAAACUUGAGAGCCAAAUAGACAUACUUUUAGUCGUGUUACAAUAACAAACUAAUUAAAAAAAAAACAAUUCAAUAUUGACCAUACUGGAAUGUUUUCGAUGCUUUCUCUCUAUUUCUUACACGGAGUUGCAUAGUAGCAUUAUAGUGAAACUAAGUGCGUGCACCAUCACUACAGUUUGGUUUGGGGAAAACCUCGGAGCCAGUUGGAAACUAUUUUGAUGGAUUGGAAUGGCUUGGGAUUUGCUUCUAAAAAAAACUCUAGUGCACGGAAGAUUUGUUCAAGAAAUUUCUCAAUCGGUGCGGGUUGAGUAGCGCCUUUCCACACUCAACAGUGUGGAAAAAGCAACCUGUACUAGUAAGGAUGAAUCAUCCCAGAUGGUGAAAAUCCCGUACAAAAGAGAAAAAACCUGUACUAGAUCUGGCAUUAGUAUAAAAUCAAACUUCUGACGCUGUAUUUGAAUUUUUACUCAGCGUCAUUGUAUGAGUUCAUCGAGUAAGCCUGAAACGGAACAGGAAACCGUGUUCAAUCCAUCAGGUUUCAAUAAGACCGGGCAUCUCCAAACCAAUCAAGCAGUACGCGUAUUUUAAAGAUAAACAAUUGUAAUCAAAGUUUUACAAAGUAUAUAUCGUUAAGUAGAAAUUUUAUAUGGCAGCAAACAAAAACAUGAACAGCGUAAGUUGGCUGAACUGAACUUAAUCUUAACUCCAAAAACAGAAAUUAAAACAUUGAACUUCUGGUCGAUAGACCAGGCAUCGUGACCAAGUAUUGAACAAAAAUAAAGCGUUUCGAUUGUGGAAUGAAAUUUUAAAACCUUAUACAUAUAUACCUAUUAGGAUGCAACCCAGAAAAACUUAAUCAAAGAUGUUUAAACAUGUUGAUGUAGAAUAAAGUAAAACAAGGUCGUAUAUUCGUAGAUCACUUUCUAUUAUAGAUUAAAAAAAAAGAAAACCAAUAAAUGAGAAAAAAAAAAUGCAAAAUCCAAUCUUGCAAAUCAAUACGAUCAGACUACCUAAAUUGGAAUAUAAUACCAGGAAAGCAAUAUUUUAUUGAUAAACAAUACUAUUCAUUAUUUUUCGAAGCGGAUAAAAGUUCAUCAAAUGUUUACUAAUCAACGAUUAACUAACCAAAUAGAACUAGUGUUGCUUUGAACCCGCCAUGGAAGAAAGUCAAAAAUACUCAACAAAUCGCAUUAUGAAAUGUUGGCUCGAUAAAAAAAAUCCACGUAAACCUUUAUAACAUAUUUUUCCACGUGCAAUGCUAUCUCCAUUUCCAACGAAGUGUCCUGUCUCAAAGGACAUAUAAAAACCUUUUGAAGGUUGAAUCUCAAUAUCACACACUAAACUUAAAUCACUUCUUCUGGAUGUUUACCACUUGCAAAUUUAUUCAAUAUUAAAAAAAAUGACUUAAUGGUUCUCGUUGGAUAGUAGGUAUCUGAAGGAAAAAAAGGAUGUUCUUAACACUUAUAAAAUAGGACACUGAUCACUAUCUCCAUCGAAUUGUGCUCGAGCUCUCUUGAAAUGAACAACAUUAGUAACGGUCGAGCGGUUGGCAACAUAAAAGAAAACCUCGAUAUCCGGUAGCCAACAUUUCCUAAUUACAUAUGCCAGUUUCCAGAAACAAAAACACAACAAAUAAACGAACGAAUAUUGAAUAAACCACAAAAUCAACACUUUUAGACCAUAUACGGUUGUGAAAUAUUUUAUAAAAUCAGUUUUAUGUAUUACUUUCGAUUUGGAGGGAAAACAAACUCAACAAAAAAAACGAGUAAAUGACAGUGUGACAGAACGUUGUCCCACGAGCGGUUCGGUGAGCGCCAAUUGUAACGCAGAAGCUAUUAUAGACGGGCAUGCGUUUAUGUGUACGACUUUGGCACCAGAUCGGAAUCGAUAACGGGAAAGUAACCGGAAGGAAAAUUUUAAUGAGCUUACCGACGAAACAUAAACACUCUACAUUUUAGGCAGGUUAGAUUUUAAGUUAAAAUGCUUUGAACGUCCAGCAUCCAAAAGAUUUCGGUGCGUUCUCGACCAAGUCAAAGCUAUGCAUUCAGCAACCUCGGAACACAGCAAAUUAGGUAACGCUAAAUAUAAAUUUGUUGGCCUGGAAAGUUUGGGUCUAGAAGUUUUUCUUGUGAGGUUUUUUUUUUAAAUUCCGUGCAUCAGCUCAGUGGAUUGGCAACCGAGGUGCGAUCGUUUUGUUCGAUUUGACUUAGGAAACGCCAUAGCAUAUCGACAUCUCUUAACAAUUUACAACGACGAUGCCUUAGGACUUUUGCUACAAAUAGUGUAUCAGUAUAGAAGUUUUUAAGUUUGAAUUUCCCGAAAUUGAAAAGUGCUAAUGAAAAAUUAUGCCAGCAAACCACUAGUUGCUUAUAGGACUAUGUAACUCACAGCUUUUCUCCGCUUCCGGUGCGGGGUCGAUGCACAACGUUCGCGGCGCUUUUUUACCGUCAACGACUUAAGAGUGCCACUCCCCUUUUGAGGAGCCGGUGCUUGAUGCUCUCAACUAGCUAGUCCUCAGACACGAAUAAAGGGCGAACUCCCCUGAAGCUGGAAUGGCACUGAUGGAAGGAUACCGAUCCCCAAAGAACACCCUCGAUCUCUCAGUCAAAGUGACUCAGAUAAACCGAAAUUACUUUGGAAUAAUUUAGGUUCGUUUCAAACAAAUAGAAUUGUCGCUGAACCCUGAAACCGGAGUAUUCGUCAACAUCAGAGACGCUGACAUCAUUGACGACAUUUCAUGUUGACCAGACAUCUACCAAGUGUCGGAACCAAACAAAAGAAAUGGUUGCCGAUUGCCGAAGUGUUUGAUGAAUCUUUCAUCGUCGCUAGUUGGCAAGGUUGCCAACCAUCAGCGCGAAAACUUCGGAUUUCAACUGCAUUGACGAGAUAUUCUUAUACCGCACCAAACUAUUAGCACAGACAAACAGACAGGACACUCUAAGGAAAAUCCGAUCAUUUUUUCGCAAAGCGAUUAGACUGCCAUCUGGUGCCGACAUUGCCUACCAACAUCGCGAUUGUAAAAUAAACCAUAGUAGGAUGCCAUGAUAUCUUGGCAUUUCUAGCUCAAACGUAAACAAGUAAUCGUUAGUUUAUGUUGCCGUAACAAUAUGGUUGGAAAAUUUUGGCUUUUAGUUAUUCUUGAUUGUUAUCGAAGCCGUAAUAAAAGUAGCUUAACUGUCCCGGAGAACACAGGUAACGGACUCACAGCAGUACUACAACUACUAAUCGAUUUUUCUUUAGCGUCAGAAAAUAAUGUGUGGAACAAUAUGCAUACCUACAUAUAUCAAAUUGAUUCGAACAGAGGGAAAGAUGUCUAAUCAGAGACAGCUGUAACAAACCAAAGGACAAUCGAAGAAUCUCCCAGCCUCCAGUAAAGGAAGACAAUGUUUGGUAUCGAAGAGAACUUCUUGCAUGGAUCUGUUGUGAAUUUUUUUGUGCAUGAAUGUUGUGUUGAAAAUACAAAAUGGUUUUUUUGAUUUCUGUAAAUGCCCUUAUUUGGUUUAAAAUGCCGGUUAAAAAUUGCCGUCAGGAUCUGUGUUUCCAUUUCAACAACAAGGCGUUUUGAAUGGAGACAUUGUCUUGGAAGUAAUUAUGCAGGCCAGAAAAUUGGUCUAAAGAGUUUUAGAUUUAAUGGUAAAAACUGACAAAAUAAGCUGAGACUAAGGUUUGCGUCAAAGAUUUUAUAAGCUUAAUACUACAAUGCUUGAUAAGUUUUUUUUUCAAAUUUGGGGAAAAAUUUCAUUUUAAAGAUCUUUAUAACCGCUCUUCUCAAGAGUCAGCAUAUUUCUUCUGGUAAUUAUUCCAGAACUGUGAACACAUCAUCGACAUUUACGCUCGCUUUUCUCGAUUUUGCUUCAGAAUGAUUCCCGUAAUUCGCAUGCUUGCAGCGAGAGCGGCUAUAAAAUAAACUUUCUUGACGGUCCUUCUCAAAUCCUAUCUCCUAAAAUAAAAAUUUUAAGAUUGUAAGAUUUUUGGUUUUUCACGACUUUUGGGAAAUUAUGGAGAUUGCAGACAUAGCUAAACUAAUUGCAUGAAGUUAUGCACUGGAUCGGCUUUUAUUUGCACGGUUCGGAUCAUUUUUUAAUCGUCGAAUCUUGUGGUAUUUGGCCUCAGUCAACACAAUACGUGGUGUGACUUUCCGAGAUCGCGGUCUAGAAUACACUACAGAGAUUUGAUUAGAUACGCCGUGAACUUGCCCAGUACCACAUGUGUAGUGGUGUACUGGUGUAUCCAGAGGAAUCAGUAAGUUGGAGCAAGGAGUUAUCACAAAUCUAAAAGCUAGAUUCUUCAGGCUUAAAUUAUUACCAAAUCAACUGCAACCAAACUUUGUCGGAAAACAACAAACGAAACUCAACAACAAACAUGCACCAUGGAGAUGAACAUAAUUGCACUGCUAACAUGAUUAAAAGAUCAUAUUUUCGUUUUAGUGAUUCCAGUGCACUCUAGUACCGACAUUGCCUAGCUUCGACAGACUUUGCGAAAAUCUAAAAGCGAGUGUCCUAUCUGUUUGUCUGUGCUAUUAGCUUAAAACCCGCCAACAAAAAAGUAUUGCGAUAUUACAUCAUUACCUGCACUUUACUGGACGGAUUUGGAAGUGCUUGGCACUCACGUGCCGGGAAUUUUGUCAGCUUUACGUGUGUAUUUUUGACGCAAAUCGACUGUAAUUCGUAAACAAUCAAAGUGGAAACCAAAAGAAGGGGAAAAUUGUGCACGCAGUUAUUUGGAAAAUCCAUUAUGGUCUGCUUCUAGGCUUGCUAAACAGCUGAAAUUGCCCAGAAAUAUCGUAUGGCGCGUUAUCAAACGUUAUAAGAAAACAUUGACGACAAUUCGGAAGCCUCAAGCCAAUCGUCGGAGUGGAAUUGUCGACCGGAAACUGCGUGGUAAGAUGUUGAAGACGAUUGAAAGGAAUUACAAUCUGUCGGACCGUGCUUUGACCAGAAAAUUCAGUGCUACCCAUAGUAUCGUAAGCAGCAUUCGACUCCGGGAACGAAUCAAGUCGUAAAUUAAACUUUUCAAUAAAGCUAAAGCUGACACAAACUGGGAUGACCCUGAGUGCAAUAAAAACCAGCUAAGAGGAGUACUCACUAGUGUGAAUCCGAUAAAUCUACGCCAGAAGCUUCUAGGCUCCAAAAUGUGUUAUCCAAAGAACACUCAAAUGGACUGGGUCGAUUGAAGAAAAACAAUGGGGAGUUCACUACAGACCCAGAAGAAACGCUUCAAUUACUACUAAGUACGCAUUUCCAAGUGUCCAGGGAUAGAGAAUAUGGACACUACAACUGGAAGACCCAGUCAGAUUGUCAGACGUGAGGAGGGGAAGCUCUCCGCCAAUCGUGCACAAUACAUCGUCAACGGUUAACUGGGCAAUCAGUACAUUCGCAGUACAUACAAGCGAAACAAAUGGUAACAUCUGCCUUGGUGGAGAUGUUCGUCGCCAGUAUGACCUUCUGUCAUAUUCCCACUCACCCGAAAAAGAAACUGCAGAACAUCUUCUAUGCAACUGCUGCGCCCUUCUUAGUAGAAGAGAGCGUGUUAAUAAGCGCAAAAGACAUAUGGUUGCAUGUCAGCCCUAAGAAGGUUGUAUCACACAUUUUCAAUAUAAUACCCGAUUAAGAUAAAAUGCUUAAUCAGCAAUCAACUGUCGUUUCAACCCAUAGUGCAGGUGAGCCUGAUAGCAUAUAGUUAACACGGGGUAAUUACCACAGUACAUCAACUACUGGUCGCAGUAGGCUCUCCCCUACAAGGAAAAAAAAGAUGUCAUAUGUCCUCCAACAGCAAACUUGAUGUGCGGUACAACACUUUAGUUGGUCACCAGUACUGUAUGACCCAUAAAAAAUGCGAAUAUUUUACCAGUCAGUUUUGAGUGGUUUUUGGAGAUUUUGUUUGUGUGUUUUUGGGAUUUUGUGUGUGUCUCCCCAGAACUCUUCUGGGUCCAUGGGACCAAAGGGUCGACUCGUUAUAUACUCAUCCGUAUUUAUACAUAUACGCCCUAAACUCCACCUGGGGCCACAGACCUAAGGCAAUACUUUGGAAGGGAAUACUAAUUCACGUAUAUGCGCUACACAUGCAACCCUCGCUUAGAAGUUCGUAAAUUAAAUACCAUCCUGACCGCCUGAGGUCAUCUUCACGGUCUUCUUGGUCCGAUACUUACUUACUUACUUAAUGAUCCCGCGCCGAUCCUCCGGUGCUUAGGGCCGUGGUAAAAGACUUCCACUGUUGACGAUCCGGAGCCAGCGUCUUCACCUGGUCUCAGUCAAGCUUCUCGUCGACAGUUCGGAUUUCAGCGGCUAGGCUUCGCCGCCACGAGUUUCUGGGUCUGCCUCUUCUUCGAUGACCUUCUGGAUUCCAAUCUAGCGCCUCUCUGCAAAUCUCGUUUUCAUCUUUUCGCAACGUGUGCCCAAUCCAUCUCCACUUAGUCGUGGUCCGAUCGUCUACGCUUAUUGUUUAGCGUAGUUUAUUUGAUAGCUUCGAACUCAUUAAGCUUAGUAAAGUUAAGUUACGUUAUCCUAUGUCGAUCGCAAUUUGCGUCAGUCUUCAACUCCUUGGCAGAACAGUCUUUAUCCGUGGGUGCCCAUCGCUGACAGCGUGCCAUGUGUUGAUGUCAUCACACAUCUUUUGCAAUAUGUUUUCCGCUGUCGUGUCUGGUCCGCAGGCGGCGAAUAUGUUGGCACGUUCCUCUUAAAAUCUUGGACAAUAGAAUACCACGUGUUCGGGUGUCUCGGCCACAUGUCCGAACCUGUGGUGAUACUUCAUGAAGCAUCCAUGACCAGUCAGGAAUUGCGUCAUGUAGAAAUCCACUUCGCCAUGCUUUCUCUCCAUCCUUUCUUUGAUAUUUGGCGAUGGAUCCACCUUUUUCUGAGCUGUCCCACAGCUGCUGCCAGUUGGCCAUGGAGCUAUCUCUGGCUCGUGUUCUCACGUUUUGCGUGCCUCGAUUUUUUGUGGCAAUAGGAGUCCUCCACCAACAAAACCGAGAUAAACAGAACUUCCGCUACAACGCAUACAGCCCCUGACGAAACGGUGCGAUAUGUACUGAUGACCCGCAAAUUCAUUCGCCUUUGUACACUGUUCAGCUUCUGCUGGUUACACUGGAUGUUAAGACUAGGUUUCCAGGCCGCCCCUCCAUACCGAAGGAUUGACGAAACCACAAUCGAAAUUAUCCUCCGCGGACUACGUCGGAUUCCCGAGUGUUUCGCCAUUACCCUCGUGAGUGUGGCUGUUGCUGUUGCCGCCUUCUUGCACACAUACUCAACGUGGUUUUUAAAGCUGAGCCGGUCGUCAAUCAUCACACCCAAAUAUUUAAGCUCGCGCUUUGAUUCGAUAGUGUAUGAUCCAACUGUAAUCCUACCUGUUUGCGAUGAAAUCAGGUUUUAUAUCAGGACCAUCUUGGUUUUAUGGUGAGCCAACUGCAAACUGUUGGAGUGCAUCCAGCUUUCUACCGCUUCUACAGCCUGUGAAGCUUUUAGCUGGACGAUUUCUGUUGAGUAACCCUAGUAGCACGUACGUCGUCCGCGUAACCAACCAACUUUACUCCCUUUGGCAGGCUCAAUGUCAGCACCUCAUCGUACGUAAUAUUCCACAGGACCGGGCCCAGUAUCGACUCUUGCGGCACUCCAGCUGUAACAUCCAUUCCCUGAAAUUCUUCACUCGUCAUGUAUUGUGGCUGCUUUCCACUAAUUUGCAGAGAUAUUUCGGUAUCCUCAUUUUUAUAAGCGAAGAUGCAACACUAUUGAAGGCGUUGCGCACGUCCAAUGUUACUACCGCACAAAAACGAUCCUCCUUCUAAAGAUGGACGCAAAAGAGAUAGUGGACAUUUCGCUUCUCGUCCAAAACUCUUCCAAGAAAAUUGCGGCGGCUGAAGUAUGCCAUCUAGCGACUGUGAAACGUUCUCUCCUUGAAAUUGAUGGACCAUGUCCACUGUGGCCGGGUAGUGGAAAGCCACUGUCUGCACGCACGGUAAAAUCGGUCACGACCAAAGUGAAGCGGAAUCGGGUCCGGAAUUGAAAUAAACAUAUAAAUUGAUCAAAAACAACAACUUUUUAUUUCAAAUCCAUUCAAUUUCUCUUGAAAACCAAUUACUUUUUCAAAAUUCACUGGUAAAGUUCGACUUGUUCGCCCUUGAGUUAAACUCGUCGCAGACGGUCGAGGAACGCAUCGUAUGAGACCCGCAGGUGUUCUUGUGGUAUUUUAUCCCAGGCUGCCACGAGAUGUCGCUUCAGGAUCUCUACACCUUCAUGUUUCUUAGAGCAGACUUCGGCCUCCAACAUACUUCAAACAGCGAAGUCCAUAGGGUUCAGGUCUGGCGAACUCGUAGGCCACUCGGAGCUCGAAAUGAAACCUGGAAAAUGUUGCGCAGUCCAAAGUUGGGUUUUCUUCGCUUUGUGAGCUGGCGCCGAGUCCUGUUGGAAAACACAAUCCCUUGAACCAAAAUGUCGACGUACCCACGGUUCGACGACAUUCUGUAGAACUAGUUCCCGAUAUGUAUUUUGGUUGAUCUUCACUUCUUCAGGGACAAAAACCAGCUGAGUCCGGCCAUCACGGGUGAUUCCGGCCCAAACCAUCACCGAUGCUGGUUUCUGUCACCGAGUGGCCUUCAGCAAGUCGGCAUGGCUUCGUGAUCUGUCUGGCAAUCAAACUCUGUCGUUCUGCUUAUUCACGAACUGCUGUACGGUGAGAAGUUUCUCGUCGGUAAACACGAUAUUCUUUAACCUUCCUUCCGUGGUCCUCUUCAGCAGCGCCUUCUUUCUUUUUACCCGUUCUUGUUUCUGCUUCACCGUAAGGUCUUGAACCUUUUGGAUCUUGUAGGGCUUGGUCUAAAGUUUAUCUUUCAGGAUCCGACGGAGACUUCGAUCCGAUAUGUUGAGAUCCUCUGCCAAUUUAGUGGCACUACGACGAGGAUUUCUCUUCAGGCGCUUCUUAACGAUCUUCGCCAUAACAGUUGUCACCACAGUAGGUCGGCGUCCCCCACCAUACCGUUUUUUGGCACUUCCGGUCUCCGGGUAUCUUUCAACUGUACGGUAUAUAAAACUUCUGCACACACUUAUAUCGGACAGCUCAUGAACUAUGCCCUUCUGCCGUUUGCCAGCUAGGAACAAGGCAACCACAACGCUACGUUUCUGUUCGAGAUCCAUUUUUCCGGAUAACACCUGAUUACAAAAGUAACACCUAUAUCCAAUGCUAGCGAAGACUUAAUGUAAACAAAGCGACGAGGGGUCGUUCAAUACUGUUUCGUGUGCAACGAAAUAUUAACUGUUGAAGUAAUGUAGCAGUUCAAUUGCCGGACCCUGUAGUAAGCUCAAUCCAGAGGCUGACUAAAGAAGCGAAUGUCUCGAACGCUUCCAUACAACGAUUGAUUAAAAAUUGAUUUGAAUCGAUCAUCAAGGGUAAGAGCAAAGCGCCAUUUGAUAACAGAACCAAUGAAAGCACUGCAACUUGCUCGAAGCGAUUACUGUUUAAGUUGAAGAAGAUACAACUGAUUGUCAUGUUCUUAAACGAGAAACUUUUUUCUUUUGAUUCGGGAUCCAAUUUACGUGCGGAUCGGUAUAUUUCACCCUUGACGGCUAAGGAUGUUCCGGAGAAUGUGGAAUUCAUGUUUACUACCAAGCAUCGGAGUCAUGGUAUUUGAAGGGGUUGCUUAGAAUAGAUACUGAAGUCUACAUGGACAAUUCAAAGAAUCAGGUGCUUCCGUGGACUCGGGCAAACUGCAAGGAACCGUGGAAAGUGCUUUUUUAACCAGAUAAAGACCAUGCCAAAACGGACCCAUACAUUGCUGUAGUAGAAUAUGAAGUUUUGGCAAAAUGAUCUUUGGCCUCCGAACAGUCUGGAUUCUAACCUUUCGAUUAUUCGAUAGGGAAGUCUGUUCAAGCGAAGGGUUUCCAUCUCUGAGGCGUGGGCUUCAAAGUCGAAGAUUUCUAUUGCGAAAGUAUGUUCUUGAUUCGGAUCUUGCCUAGUUGAGAACGAAAGUGGACACAUCGUGUGAUUUUUUCUGGGUCAUACUUAUUUAGCAGACAUUGUUGCUAGGUCUUCUAGCUUCCCAUUUUUUUCCACAGUCAAUAGUAGGUACUGUUUCAUUCUUAAAUCCGAUAUUCUACAUGACAAUUGAUAACUUCAGCACUAGCACCUCGUUAUAAAAAAAUGGUAUUCCAGAGAACAAGUCUUAAUAUGGCAUUUCUGGGAAACACCCGCUCUAAGGCUAGUUCAGAAUAGUUGUGGAUCGAUUGUCAAUCGCGUUGACGCUGAUGCCGGGAAAGUUAGAACUUAAGAAGCACCUUAAUUUUUUUUUAAAUAAAAUGACAAUAUUUUUCCUACCAACAACCUCUUUGGCCAAAUGAUGCAUGUUUCCACCUAACAAGGUUUUUAGUUGAUUCGUUUAUCCUAGAUCGUAAAAAAUGGUACCGAACCGAGGUAUCAUCGCAAAUUAGCGUCGUAGCAAAACGAUGUAAAAGAGAGAGCCUUAAUCUGAUAAUUUUGGAAAGCGUUUUACCAAUCGUGUGGUGUGACAACAUGUUAUUCAAAUGCAUAACUGUUCUAACAAGUAUGUUACGAUGUGUGUGUAUAAUCUAUUUCGGUUCCCAAACGAAGGAGUUACUGCGUUACGAAAUUCUGAUGGCAGCAUGUCUAAGUCAGAUGUUUAGUCGAGCGACCAAGGGGGUGGUUAACAACUUAUAGUCCUCAACCCUUUGCCAGGAUUUUUCCCCCAACAGCGAUGUGUCCGUGUUAUGAAUUGAAAAAUGUAUUUCCCCAGUAACAAAAUCAAUAUACAACAAUAUACAAUAUAUGUAUUCACAUCGUUAAGAGCUAUGAUACCGCAGUUCAUAAUGUUGACAGCUGAAGUUGAGGUUAGGCUCCCCUUGUCAGUGUCAGAUAAUCUUGACGUGUUUAUAAGCAUAUAAGGCCAGUGUUGCCGUAGAUUGCUGAAUUACAAAGUGUAGUGGUUUAGAAAUGUGUCGAACAAAUAAUAAUACAUAAAAUAUUUUAGUAAAGUCACAUAUCACAGCAAGAGCAAAGUUAAGGUAAACAUUCGAGAAAAUUCCUAUACAUAAUGUAACUUUAACUCUAUUCUAACUCAAGCACCCAUACCACAAACAUUUAUUGACGUCUGUAAGCGAACUAAUGCUGAACGAAGCACUGGGGAGGUGUGGAUAAACAAACAUGAUAAUAAUUUUUGGCAUUCUACACAUAUAUUAAAAACAAACAAAAACAAAAAAAAACUAGAAACUUAAUAUUUAUUCCAAAAACCUAUCCAUUCAAAAUCAAUCUCAAUACAGAGAUAAAAUUAUUACAAACAAACAAAAACUACUACUAGUGUUAAUUUUUUGCACAAUAUUUACAACCAAAAAAAAAACAUUACAACUUUUAGAAGGAAUUACGAAAAACAAACAAACAUUAACAAAUGACUAUUUUUUGAAACAAUUAUAAACCAACAAAAAAAAAACAAAUAAAUAAUCGAAAAGGCAAGAGUUUUAAAUUUACAUUAUAAAGGUAUAUAUAGAUAAAUUAUUAUGGAUUAUUACACUUAUUCUGUUAUAUUUUUGGGCUCACAUUUUAGAACGGUUCACGUAAUAGCAGUUUAGGAAAGAAAACCAUAGGUGGAACACCUCAGAAAUGAAGAAACAACAACAAACAAAAAAGUUCAACUGACUUGAACUGUUACAAAAUAAUAACGAACUGGAAUGGAUCAGAAAAUCUCGAUCUGAGGAUAGCAGCGUGCACGAUUGGAAGUUCAGUUUGAUCGAAUUGUUUUCACACCUUUUGGCUGCAUCCUUUCAAGUGGAGAAAACAAAUAUUGUAAUGUGGUGUUUGGUGGAGAAAACAAUUUCAUGAAAACUCGUGUUGUUUGAAAACGCUAAAUGGGAACUCGUUUGAACGGGAUUUCGGUUGAAACAGUUUUGGAAAUAACGUCGAUAUCCCAUAAAUAUGAUUCUGAAAGGGAUGCUGCUGUGAAGUUUUAAACUUCCAAUCGAAAUUAUUACACAAAAGCAAGAGCUUGAACAGCAAACGAAAAACUAUUCAAAACUAUUUAUUUUUACUCCUGUUCGUACUUUCUUAAGUUACCAGCCAUACAAAAACCGUCAGACGAGAUCCCGCGAGAUCGGGAACGAUAGAAUGAUCCGUUAUUCGCGAAAUUACCUUGUUUACAUUCAAGCAACUCAAAUUUUUUCACGACACGCAGGCCAAUCGGGCUGCUUUUACCAAGCCAAUCAAGACAAAACUAAAAUAGGAUAAAACCAAAAAAGGAAAAAAAAAACAAACCCAAGCUAGUAAUUACAACUAGAGGAAUCAGAAUGUAACCAAAAAAAAGGCGAAUCACACAUACACAAAGGAAAAUAACAUUGUAUUAAAGAAAAAACCAAUAUGAUCGGUAGUCCUUUCUUAUAUCAUCAGGGUAUUUCUUAGUUGAUGACACUAUUUAUAUAUUUAAUAUAAAAUGCAAGUCAAAUUUCUGCAGGACUUUGUAUUAGAGGCGUACUCAAAUAUAUUGAAAUGCAUUGAGAAAAAAGUAUGCUAUUAUAUACAAACACAUAUUAUAUAUACAACUUACAUAUAUACAUUUUUGCUGCUUAAUAGUAAUAUUUUCCGAGUCAAAAAUACAAGAAAAAAAGACAAAAAAAUUACAAAAUUCAGAAACACUCAGAUUAGCUCCGCGUAACGUUUACUCGAACAAAAAAACAAAGAAAAAAAAAGAAACUGCGGAUUUAAAUCAUUGAAACAAAAAAAAAACUAAUAAUACAAUAUUCGUGAUAUACAUGAUCGCAUAUAUAUAUUUCACUGUUUUUAUUUAUUUGUAAAACGAUUUGUGGUUCUUUUCCUUGAAUACAAAUAAAUUAUUCGACUUUAGAGUAAAA